ACAAAUUACAAUGAUCUACAAAACUACAACUGCCAUUUCAAAUUGUGAGAGAAGCGAAAAAGUGAAAAGGGAUAUGAACUAACAGGGUGGGAGUAGUGGUGGUUGUGGCAGUUUGGCGUGUGUCUGGAAAUGGCGAUGAAUGUGAGAGGGGGGAAUUUAGAUUGCGAGUAUUGUGGGGCUUUCAAUUUGUGGUUUUGUGAUAUGCCCAAAGAAUGACCUUCAACUAUGUACUUCCAGUUGGACUCAACGCCGGCAAGGAAGAAUCAACUCGGCUGGUGGUGAGAAGGAAGCAUAACGCCAGUGGUGACAAGAAAGAAUCAAUGUCUGCCAGUCCAAAAAUCUGUCUUUUAUUUUAUUUUAGGGUCGUUGAUUUUAGGGGAGCGAUAGAAGGAGCUUACGGUGGCGACUCCAGCUCCGAUCAAGAGCAGCGCGUUUUGAAUUCGGGUAGCUGCCACCGAAGUCGACACUCCGCGUCGGAUUCGAUCCAAGAUCUUCAACUGAUAGCAAGAAUCCAACGGUGCCGGGGACCCGACGACAAUAUUAUCUAGCUCCACUCUUCCCCUGCAGAUCUCUUUCCCGACGCAAUCCUUCCCCUACAGAUCUCCGACUCGAAAUCGUCUUCUAAUGGCCGGCGGCCUCUCCAAACCCCCCGUGAAGAUUGAAUUUGUCUAUGCAGGGAAGGAGAAUUUAGGCUGAUGCAUGUUCGAUUUCUGGAUUUAUGGGAACAGGGGCGAAGUCCGUGCAACGGUCGUUGAUACCUGGAAAUUUCUGAAAGAAUAAUAAUAUGUAUUGGACAUUUGAAGCACGCAAAAGACAAUGGUGGAUGGAUUGUGAUGGGAGAUGAGAGAAAGGAAUCGAGAAAGUCACGGUCCAAGGAAGGGAUGAGGAAUGGAGACAAAUUGAAGUCUCUCACUUUUAACAAGGAAGAUGAUACAUGGAAAGAGGUUGGGUCUGAGUUUGGGACUAAAUCGUAUAAAAAUUA